ACGAACGCCUACGGCAGAUGCCUCUCUGACAUCAGACCGGACGGAUUCCUUGUUUGUAAGUAGGAAGCCGAAGUUGGUGGCGAACGGUUCGGUCUGGAUUCCAUCGCAUCCUCAGCUGUCGACCACUCGUUAUGUCCCAUACAAGCCUCCUCUACCCUCUGCUAUACUGUGCAUUCAUGUCCCUCGGAUCUGUGAAUGGCCAACUGGUCGCUGCAGAUGUACUGGCUUCCCAGUAUUCCUUGGCGACUAGCACUAGCCUCGCAUUCCCCUCAGCUACGCAAAGUAAUUCUGACACUCAGUCUUUCCUCGUGUCCAACUGGGGAUUGAGCAAAGGCCGAAUCCAAAACGGCGCCUCUGAUCUGCAGUUCGUCAAUGACCCAUUUGCGAAUGACCCCGCCCCCGGGGCUUCAAGCAAUCCCGAUGUUUCCGGGCCUGUCUUGCAAGUGACUUAUCCUAACGGCAGUUACUCCCAUGACACUGGCGGUGCUCAGCUCUACUCCCUGUGGAACGCAUCGGACUCCUCCUUCUUAUCUAUGAUGGUAUCGUACGAGAUAGCCUUUGAUUCCGGGUUCGACUGGGUACAGGGAGGCAAGCUGCCGGGGCUUAGGGGUGGUCCUAACCCCGAUGGCUGCUCGGGCGGGAGCAAUGCCACGGAUGGCUCUGAUUGCUUCAGCACCCGACUUAUGUGGCGGAAGCAAGGUGAAGGAGAAAUCUAUGCGUACAUCCCAACUUCUAACGGGAUUUGCAAAGAAAAUGAUAUAAUAUGCAACUCUGACUUCGGUACUAGCAUAGAUCGUGGAGCUUUCAGCUUCGCGAGUGGGCAAUGGAAUAGGAUCACUCUUCUGGUUCAGUUAAAUAAUCCGGUAAACGUGGCGAACGGCUUCGUGUCGUUAUAUUACAACGAUGUCCAUGCGAUAUCGCAAGAUAAAUUGCAAUUGCGAAGCAGCGACGUUGUUACCGCCGGCGGGUUGUAUCUAUCCACCUUCUUCGGAGGAAGCGAUUAUUCAUGGGCGACACCCCAGACCACUCACACGUACUUCCGUAACUUCCGCCUAUGGGGGAGCUCUUCACCCUCGAAUCUGACUGGUUCCAAAGUUAGUGCUGCGAAUAAACUGAGUAGUGUGGAGUCGCGCGUCCGCUUGCUUUUCUUGCCCUGGAUACCUUUCGCAGCCGUAUUCUGUGCCGCAGGUGUGCUUUGACGUCUUCGCCGGAAUCCAAAUCUGCGUUUAUACGGUCGACCUACCUUAUCUCCCUACAUACCGCAUCAUCACUGCUCUGAGAAUGAUUCUGCGCUCUUGUGGUGUAUUUGUCACACGUCCUAUUGCACUGAUCAAGACUUCACACGCGCCGAUAAGCUCAGGCUCCGUCUACUUGACAUAGGAAGGCGUUUCUUCCCGGGAUCCGCAGAGGUUCUAGGGAAGAACUGAGGACGUG